GAAACGCACUUCCGCGCGCGCGUCAGCAGGUGCAGAGAGAGAGAGGAGCGGAGUCUCACGGCUUCACCAUCACUGCAUCAAAAUUAACGCACGCAUACUAUUAUUUUACAUAAAUAACAUUCUCAGAAGAUGGUAGCAAAACAAAGGAUCCGUAUGGCAAAUGAAAAGCACAGCAAAAACAUCACGCAGAGAGGCAACGUUGCAAAGACCCUGCGACCUCAGGAGGAGAAGUACCCAGUGGGACCGUGGCUCCUAGCUCUGUUUGUUUUUGUGGUCUGUGGAUCAGCCAUCUUUCAGAUUAUCCAGAGCAUCCGGAUGGGAAUGUGAUCCAGAGGUCCCUCCAAGACUCGUCCCCUGUCCUUCCACACCCUCAUCACUAGACCUGGGGCUGCUUGCCACCCUACGUCCCUAACACCCCCAGAAGAAGUCUGGACUACUCAGUGUCCGUCAGGAGAGGCCUGGGAGAGGAGUAGACUCACACCCUGCCCCGCCCCCCUUCGCUGUCCCCAAUCACACGUUUACAGAGUUCCAGGCCGAGGAGAGCUUUUCUACUGACAGUCUGAACCACGACCGGUUGGAUCAACCUGCACAGCUCGUCUUACACCUGCUCAUGUGUGACUGUGACUGACUGUGACUCUGACUCUGAGUGUGCAGUAGGCUGACAAUGUGCCGUACUGAUAUAUUUCUAUAUUUAUCUGUGUUGCGUGAGAACCUUUUUCAAAUAAAUGUGACUCA